AAACUCAGGCAUUAGUAGAAUCCAGAAAUCCAGAUGGCACAUUUAACCUGUUUUUUUCUUCUUCUUGGGAAAACAAUGUAAUAAUGGUCUUCCGAGCCAAUGAUCUGCAUGGUAAGAUAAAGACGCAACCAUAAUCUGCACGAACUCAGGGCAGGUGAGAGAGAAGAUGGGCGGCGCUGUUUUGAAGGAGGAAAUAACGAGGUGAGGUGAGCACGACGGCUAAAGAAAAAGUCGACCAAAGUAAGAAGAAAAAAAGGCAGGGAGGCAGGCAGAGCCAGAGCAGCACCCUGUCUCCUGUCUCCAUCCUUCGGGUUUCGUUCCUGGCUUUCCCCUUCCACCCUACCUUCACCUGCUUCAGGCAGCCGAGGGUGUCGGACUUUCGCGUUCUUGUCGCCGCCGUCGCCGCCGCCGCUGCAGGUCAGCUUUCGGUGCUAAAUCCAAGGAGAUAAAUUUAUGGCUUUUGAUACGAACAAUCUCGUGCUGCACAUCAGGAGACUAGUGCGUUCCUCUAUCAGACUUGGGUAUCAUUCUGCUUGCGGCCAUCCUGAAGUGCUCGGCGCCGGCAUAGCGUUGUUGUUUCUUCAUGCCCUGUGUCCUUCUCUGUUCGCCUUUGUGCUGUCUUCCUCUCCGGUCAUCGUCUUAACCGCGAUUCUUCUCGGAGCACUUUUGAGUUAUGGUGAAGCUGCUGUGCCCUUGGAUGGAGAGGAGACACUGGAGGAGCAUGAACCUUUGUCCCUUAAAUCCAACAUUCAUUUUAGUGACUGUUCAGACAAAGAGGUUGAGAAUAUUGCUGUCGAGGUUCAGUUGGAGAAGAGAACUGAGACUGACAGCUGUGAAGUAGUACAUGUCAGGGAGAGAGCUUCCGACGAUUGUAUGCACGACGCUCUGUGCGAAGACAAAAAUGUCACAUACAUUGCCUCUGAUGCUGCUGUUCUUAGCGAAGCAUAUGCUGAGGAGGAGGCAACUCCCUAUGAUAGUUUGCAUGAUACUCACUGUGAAGAGAAAAGGGUCACAUUUGUGGCAGAUGAUACUGUUCCAAGUGCAGAGCCUUGUAACCAUCCUGAGAUCAAUGCCACCUUGGAAUGCGAAGAGCGUGCCAAGGAAACCAGCGAGAAGGCCGAGCUGCAAGAGCCUGAAAGCACCUGUACUGGAAGCUGUAACAAUGGUGUACACUAUCAGUAUCAGUUUGGUGAAUUCAUGAGAUCAUGUUGGCAACCUGUUAUGAGGCAGGAUCUUCCUUACUGUGACUCUGAAUCUGAUCUUACUGAUGAGAGCUCUUCUCCUGACGCGUCAAUGACCGACAUUAUCCCAAUGCUUGAGGACCUGCACCCACUGAUAAAUUCAGGGACUGGUCAGCUUUCCUUGGCCUCCAGAGAGAACUUGAAUUCCUCAUCAGAUGAAAAUGAAUUUGACCUUGAGGAGGAGGAGCAGGACGACAGCGUUAGCUCAGAUGAUGAUGAAGGAGCGGAACGGCAGCAAGAUAACGAAGUUAAUUGGAAGGAUGUUGUUCAGCUAAAUUGUUUGGAUAUGGAGCAAAAUGAUAAAUUGGGGAAUCUGGUGGAGCUUCAAAGAGCAAAGAACAUGCUCAAGUUUGAGCUUGACAUGAGAUCAAUUGACCUGCAAGCUGCUGAUGCAACUCGGAAGCUGAAGGAUGCAUCAAGAUUCCGUGUUCAGGUCCCUUCCAUUUGCACACCAAGGCAUAACCCAUUCAAUCCUUCAAGAGAUUCAGAGGAAUCGAUAGAGUUACCGCAGAUUCCUGGCUCAGCACCAUCAGUUCUCCUUCGACGGCGAAACCUAUUUGACCUUCCAUUCGACCGAGCCGUGCACCAGCGCAGUCGAUUUCAGGAAAGUUGGACUCCUCGCUCGCGCUUUCGAUCAGCACAAGCACAAAACAUGAAGCACAGGAACUCCCGUGGACAAAAUCACUCUACUUACAAUGGUGAAAUGGGCGAUAAUCACUCGGACGACGAUGCUGAGCAGGAAGGGAGCAAUGUCAACUUAUUUGGUUCGCUGGAAGCACAUUUAGGUGAAGAGAUGAAAAUACUAAGCGCCGCAAUUUCAGACGUGGGCGUGCUGGGAGAUGUAAAUCAUGAAACAGACGAAGGAAACGGAGAUGCUAAUGUCAGAGAUGAUGCAGCCUCAUUACCCGGAGCACAUGAUUCUGAACCGCACAGUGUGGAAGCAGACUCCAUGAGUGAAAUGAACUCACUGUUCAGGUGCCGUAUGGAGGAGGUGCUGGUGCAGUCCGUUUCAGAGGGCAGUGUCUGUCAGCCCUUGGGAGUCAAGCCUGAAGCUAUACCGAGUGCCCCCUCAUCUUCGGACUCGUGGAUGCAUGCCAGCAAAGCGAGUUCGAUCGAGGAAUUGAAGUUUCAGCUCCUGACAGCCGAUGAAGAAGCACUGACGACCUGUGCUGCCUCUGGGCUCAAUGGCCACAGUGAGUCGAUUCGAGACCAAUCGAGCGAAGCAUUAUGUGUGGUAUACAAGCAGAGUUCAGAGCUGUCAACCGCAGGAGAGCAGCAGACUGCAGGUAUGUCUGAACCAAAUGAGACAUUGACUACUUAUUGUGACGAGCUUCCUGUCGUAGAAGUAGCCAAUGUCUCGGUCGAGGAGAUGAACUCGCUGUUCGAGCAACUCGAAGAAGAGACGCAGCCGAGCAAUGGUCGUAGCAAAAUGGACAUUCCUCAAGAUGGAUUGUGUCAAGUGGAGGUGGAUCUAGUGGAGCUUUCUCUAGAUCGCGGGUUGUCGGCGCCAUAACUCUGGAUGAUGCAUCUGACAGCUAUAAAGUUGUGCUGAAGCUACUGCUGUUGUAGAGCAGCCAAUGAAGGUGUGUGAGGUUUGCGUGACAGGAUUCAACCGUUCGUUCAGCUACUUGUAGAAAAACAUAUGUGUUUUGUAGAGGUUUCAAAAGGCUUUGAUUUGAGAUGCUGCACUGAGACAAGUCUCUCAAGGGUUUCAGAAAUAUUUGGACAACGAUGGAUGUACAUGGCUAUGUUCUUUCUGUUUAUAUGGUUCUUUUUUUCUACUGUUUAUUUCUUGUAUACUCUAACUGUCAGUUUGUAGUAAUGUCAUGUACUCCCUCUUUUUUUUUUGCGGGUGUAAACAUUGUAUUACUCAAGUCACUUGGCCACUACAAUCAGCUUGAGCAAGCUCUAAGGAAA